AUGGCCUCGGAACAGCCUCGUCGAGAAAGAAAGCCUUCGGUUGGAGCUCCAGUGUCUGAGCUUCAGGGACCCAUUGGUCCCGGCUUUAGCCGUCCCAAGCACAGACGUACCUUCACUGGCUUCGGACCUGCAGAGAUCAAAAGUGUCGAAGCUAGUAUUCCGGAGCAUCUUAGGGAGGCAUGGCGGAAGCACUCCGUCAAUGGAUUUGCCAACAAAGAAGAGUUCGAAGAUGAGCUGGUCCGGCACAUCGAAACUACUUUGGCUCGCUCCUUGUACAACUGUGACGAAUUGGCCGCAUACUCUGGAACCGCCCUAGCCUUUCGAGAUCGCUUGAUCAUCGAAUGGAAUAAGACGCAACAGCGACAAGCUUCUGCCGACCAGAAGCGAGUGUAUUAUCUUUCUCUCGAAUUCCUUAUGGGCCGAGCUCUGGAUAAUGCCAUGCUCAAUGUCGGCUUGAAGGACGUUGCAAGAGAGGGUCUGAAGGACCUUGGCUUCCGAGUCGAAGAUGUCAUUAGCCAGGAGCAUGAUGCUGCACUGGGAAAUGGAGGUCUUGGACGCUUGGCUGCGUGCCUACUCGACAGUCUGGCGACAUUGAACUAUCCAGCCUGGGGCUACGGUCUACGCUACCGUUAUGGUAUUUUCAAGCAGGAAAUUGUAGACGGGUAUCAGAUGGAAGUCCCCGACUACUGGCUUGACUUCAACCCAUGGGAGUUCCCUCGGCAUGAAAUCACUGUCGAUAUUCAGUUUUAUGGCUGGGUGAGAAAAUACCAGGAUGAGAAUGGUAAAACCAUCCACUCCUGGCAAGAUGGCGAAACUGUGCAAGCAGUAGCAUACGAUGUUCCUGUCCCGGGCUAUGGCACACGGACCACGAACAAUCUUCGGCUGUGGUCUUGCAAGGCUUCCAGCGGAGAAUUCAACUUCCAGAAAUUCAACGCUGGCGAUUACGAAAGUGCUGUCGCAGAGCAACAACGUGCGGAGACAAUCUCUGCGGUGCUCUAUCCGAACGACAACCUCGACAGGGGUAAGGAGCUAAGACUUAAACAACAGUACUUCUGGUGUGCUGCCUCUCUGUUCGACAUUGUCCGGAGAUUCAAGAAGACCAAGAGAGCUUGGAGCGAGUUCCCCGAUCAGGUUGCCAUUCAAUUGAAUGACACUCACCCGACCUUGGCUAUAGUCGAACUUCAGCGCAUCUUGAUUGAUAACGAAGGUCUCGAGUGGGACGAGGCAUGGGCCAUCGUGACAAAGACCUUCGGAUACACGAAUCACACGGUUUUGCCAGAGGCCCUGGAGAAGUGGUCUGUCCCGUUGGUGCAAAACCUGCUACCACGGCACAUGCAGAUCAUUUUCGACAUCAACUUAUAUUUCCUCCAGCAUGUCGAGAAGAACUUUCCGCAAGAUAGAGACUUACUGUCCCGGGUGUCGAUUAUUGAAGAGUCCCACCCGAAGAUGGUGAGGAUGGCUUACAUCGCGAUUAUUGGCUCCCAUAAAGUCAAUGGGGUCGCAGAACUACACUCAGAUCUAUUGCGGACCACCCUUUUCAAAGAUUUCGUGACAAUAUACGGCCCGGACAAGUUCACCAAUGUCACCAAUGGAGUUACUCCACGUCGUUGGCUACACCAGGCAAACCCACGUUUGUCUGAUCUAAUCGCUUCCAGGCUCGGAGGAUAUCAAUUCUUGACUGAUUUGACACUUCUGGACCGGCUCGAGGCUUUCGUCGAUGACAAGGCAUUCCAACGUGAAUGGGCCGAGAUUAAGACCGCGAACAAGAUUCGUCUCGCUAAACACAUCAAAGAGACCACCGGUUACAGUGUAAAUCCACAGGCUUUGUUUGAUAUUCAAGUCAAGCGUAUCCAUGAGUACAAGCGGCAGCAGCUUAACAUCUUCGGUGUCAUCCACCGAUACUUGAGGAUCAAGUCAAUGUCUGCGGAAGAGAAAAAGAAGGCACUGCCGCGCGUGUCUGUCUUUGGAGGCAAAGCAGCCCCAGGCUACUGGAUGGCAAAGACUGUUAUUCACCUGAUUAACAAAGUUGCCUCCGUGGUAAACAAUGACCCUGAAGUUGGUGAUCUUCUGAAGGUGAUCUUUGUCGAGGACUACAACGUCAGUAAGGCCGAAAUCAUCUGUCCAGCGUCUGAUAUCAGCGAGCAUAUCUCUACCGCUGGUACGGAGGGCAGCGGUACUAGUAACAUGAAAUUCGUCAUGAACGGUGGCUUGAUCAUUGGAACUUGCGACGGUGCUAACAUCGAGAUUACCAGAGAAAUUGGGGAGCAGAACAUAUUCCUCUUUGGAAAUCUAGCAGAAGAUGUGGAAGAGCUUCGCCACCGACACCUCUACGGCGAUUUCCAGCUUGAUCCUCACUUGGCUAAAGUCUUCGAUGCAAUUCGUGGCGGCAUGUUCGGUGACGUCAACAACUUCUCCGCACUCAUCGCCUCCAUUGUUGAGCACGGAGAUUACUACCUAGUGUCUGACGACUUCAAUUCGUAUAUUACCACGCAGGACUUGGUUGAUGAGUCGUUCCAGAACCGCGAAGAGUGGUUAGCCAAGUCCAUCACCAGUGUUGCCCGCAUGGGUUUCUUUUCGACCGACCGCGUGAUCAAUGAGUACGCCGAAAGCAUUUGGAAUGUAGAGCCCCUCGAGGUGGAGAAUUAGACAGUGGCCAUUGUUGAAGUUGGACUCCUGCAUCAUCUGGUCCUUCCUUUCGGUUUGCCAUGUUGUCACCCGCUCUAUUCUUCCGCUUUUCUUUCCUCUUGGCGAGUUGGAUUGAACUUCUAGUAUUACAUGGAUCCUACACUCGUAACGCUGCCCGGUGAACAGGAGAGAGAUGCUUAUGACGGAGCCAUUCACUCACUCGGCAGUAACUCAUUGUUUGGAUCAGCAAUUAUCAAACAGCUAUAUUCUAUGCAACUAACUGUUCUUACAAAGUUCCAUAUGUCUUCUACAU